CCAUGAAGCUCUGCAGUAAUCUCAUCCACUGCCAUAUUUGUUUUGUCAACUGCACUGCUGAGACAGACUUUUUGGCUGCAUGUCAAAAUUUGGGAGUUUUUGAGAACUAGUAUAAAAGAGUGGGAAACUGUUUGUGAGGAAAAUUUGUGUGUGUGUUUUUCUUUGCCAAUAUCAUGGAAAUUCAUAUGUAUGCUAGACACACAGCUAUUCUGUGUAUACUUUCCUUUGUUAUCUCUUGGGCAGAUGUAAACGCGCUACGACACAGAUCCAAUGAAGCUGUAUACAGGAAGAGAAGAGAGGUUAUAAUUGAUCCUGAUGUAAAGGAGACGUUAGAGCAGUUAAAACAAGACACUAAGCUGCUAGAGAGUGCUCUCAUAAAUCACAGAAAUAGUUUGGAACAGCUUGAAGAUAACAUUGCAGAAAUGAAAGCAGCCUUGAACAAGCAGGAUAAUAACACAAGGGCGUUGCAGGAGAAAACAACUUCCAUAUUGGACUUUCAAAAAGAAUUUGAAGUGGUAGUAUCUGGCUUCAGGAGUGAACUAGCAGAUUUGAAGCAUGAACUGGUCGAGGACAGAAAUGCUGUGGAACAAAAAUUUAUGGCCCCACUGGAAACACUGAACCAGACGGUACAGCAUCUAACACACAAGGCAUAUGAAGACCUUUUGCAUCAAAUUGCAGAACUGAAGGCAGAACAACGACGACAAGCAUCUGUGGCUUUUGAGGCCUUUGAGCACACACAGAGCAUGAAGGAGGCCUUGCAGGAAAUGUUGCAGUUUAAAGAACAAUACAUUUCAAAGGCUGACCAGCGAGAGAAAAGAGCAAUAAGCAACAAAUGCUCUCUUAACGUCCGCCAGAAACCUGAAGAUGGCCGUAUUGAUGUGCUCAUGGUGAUGGAUCCACCAAAUACUGAAUCUUCUGCAUGUAAUUAGUGGUACUUUCAUAGCAAGCAUUGUGUACAUUGUGAGGCAGUGUAGAUAACUGUUAACAUCUUAUCACACUACUGUUUAUUUGUGUUAGUUUCUCUUGAUCUGACUACAUGUAACAUUUUUUUCAAAAAUUAAGGUAAUAUUGCAGACCAGAAUAAAAGCUUAUAUUGUUGUGUAAUAAAUAAGUUUGAUUUUUCUGUAAAUAAAGUCCAUGAAAGAA